AUGAUUCCAAGUAAACCAAGCAGGACAGUACAACAAGUACAUCAACAAUCGGAGUCUAGGAAGGGAUCCAACUCGUUCGCGGAGGCUCCACAAGACGGAUCUUUCCGAGCAGUAACCAUCCAAACAACAGCUCCCAGGGCACCCAUGAGGACCUCGCUGACCUUGCUCGAUACGAGUGCCAGUUCAAUGUCAAACUCCAUUCUUUCCCGUACACGUCGCGCCUCUGACCGGAAAAUGCGCCAGCACCUAUUGGAAAUUCAACGUGAUAUGGCCGCCCCGUCGACGCAACAACGACCUUUUGCGGAUGACAUCGUGGAGUCGUCCUCACGGCCGACUUUGGAGGGCUGCAAACCAGUGCAGGAUUCCCAGCCGGAUGAAGGCGAGGCGAGCAGGAACAUGGAGGCAGAAACUACCGACAUCAAAGGCAGGGCUUCAAAAUAUCGGCAGCCGUCAAGUUUGAAUCGGAGUAUAUCUUUUCUGGAUUCAACAUCACCCACCACUUCCUUUCAGCAGGAGCAAGGCCAGCAUGAACGCUCAGGAUCGACCCCAGCAAGCAAUCGCCACAGCCAGUCGGUCAACGCAAGUCAUAGGUCAUCCUCAUCGCGACAGCUGCAUCGGGUAUUAUCUGGACCUAUUUUCAUUCCCAACCCUCGUGGUAUUGCACCAACGCCGUCGCCCGAUGCAUCCAUGGAACUGGUUCGCAAGCCUUUCAACUCGACAACUCCUCGCACUAAAUCCCAAACCGAGUCCCAGGUCGUCUCCAAAGACCAGCUCUUUAGACACUCACAGGAACAGCUGCGACUUUACGAGGCUCAGUUGGACGCGCGAAUCCAGACCGUUCAGGUGAAUAACCAGCGACUUCAGGCACUCAAGUCUCUGGUGGAGGAUCAAGGGAGAGCGUUGACCAUCCGAACCAUACAACAUGAGAACGAUGAAGACAGUGAAUAUGAUGAGGUCUACUACGAUGACGAAGACGAGGAGGAGGAGCAAUUGAGGAUUGAGUCGAGCGAGAGGGCUGAAGAGAGACUGCAGCUGGAGGAAACAAAGGCCCUACUGGAGAAGAGCUUGGUCAAGCAGCAGGUACUGGAUGAGCAAUUGGCUCAAGAGCGGUCAAGGAACAAGGAACUAGAGUCAAGGAUCGAGGGAAUGUCGCAUCAAGUGAAGGGCGUACUGGAGAUGGAUAUGGCACAGGCCAAGGAGAUCGAUCUGGUUCACGAGCAGGCCGUCAAGGAUCGAGAACAGUGGGAGGAGCUCCUUCGUCAGGAAAAACAAAAACGGGAGGAGUUCCAGAUGACCAUGGAAGCUGAGUUGGCAGUCAAGGACCGACAGCUUGCGGAGACAUCGGUCAAGGAGCGUCUGAUGAAUGGGCACGAAAACCAGGCGCUGGCGGCACAGGUUGCCUCCUUGAAUCGGGAGCUCGAGGAGCUCACGGACCGGAUGCAUCGAAACGAGUCCAAGGCUCAAUCCAAGCUUGACCAACAGGAGGAUCAGACCCGAAAGCACAAGGAGCGAAGCCAGGAAUUGGAGCGUCAACUCGAGCAGGAGCGAAACUGCCAGACUAACGACCAGGAGAAUCGGAUGGAUGACCUCAUUGAGGAAGUUGAGGAGAAGGAGCAGGACGUCCAAGACCUUCGGGCCAUGUUGGCUGAAUACGAUGACCUGCUUCAGAGCCGACAGAGUGAGCUGAACGAAGCUAUGGAGUUGGUGCAGUCCCUUCAAGAUCAACUUCAGGACCAUCAAGUCAACCACACAAACGACCUUCAGCUCACACAGGACCAACACAAGAAGGAGCAGAAGCGGCGACAGGCCGAUAUCCGCGAGUUGAAACGAGAUCUUGCGCAGGAGAAGGAGGCGAGUCAUGAGCAUCAAAAGAGGAUCGAGCUGUUGCUGGCGUCGCAUCAGGAAACAACACAGCUGCUCGAGGGUAAGAUCCGGGAUUUGCAGGAGGAGCUUGUCCAACGGAACUCACAGCUGUCUCUGUCAAAGUCGACUGCCACGAACGCGAUCAAGAAGGCCAAGGGACAUUUGGGGACAAUCGAACUUCAGCAGCGCAUGGUGGAGGAGCAAGAACAGAUCCUGCUGGAGAAGGAGGGCCGGAUUGAGGAAUUGGAGCAGGAGCUCAAGGAGGCCCAACAGAGGCAUCACACGGUGGUUGCAGACAUGGAGCAAGAUCUGCGGAGUCUCGAGCAAGAGCGGGCUGAGCUGAUCGACAUGGUGAAGUUGGCUCGUCAGCAAGGUAUGGAAGAUAGAGACGAUGAGGUGUCACAUGGUAUCGAGCUGGAGCGGCAAAUGCUGGAGCGUGUGCUGGACGAGCUUGACCCGGACUUUAGGAUCGACUCUCAACAACUCGACGGUAGCUUGGAUGUUGAAAGCGGGGAAGGUCGCCGGACUGUCAGCCAGUUAUAUGUCGUUAUUCAGGAUAAGAUCCGAGAACAGAAGCAGCAGCAACUCGACCUCGUGAUGGAGAAGGGUCAACUAGAAAACAAGCUGGCUGAGCAGCGCGAGCAGUUGGAUGAAUGUGAGGCUGAGAUCGAGUCGCAACACGAGCAGCUGCUGAGACUGGAGCAGGACCGACUGGAGCUUGAGGACCAACAUAUUCGCCUUCAAGAGGAUUUCGCCAUCGCACAGGAAGAUAACCAGCGCCUCCGACAGUCGUUGCAGGAGAAGAAGGACACUAUGAGGUCUUCAAGGAAUGUUCCCAUGAAUGGGCGCGCGUCAACGUCAGCGUCUCGACAGCUGUCCACUCCUCUUCACGACGAUGGUCAAGUGCGCGCUUUGUUCGACAAGGUCUCGAUUCUGGAGCAGGAGAAAGCUCAAUUGCUGGACAGUAUCAAGUCUCUGGAAGAAUCAGUUUCUGACUUGACAGAGGCUGGCCGGACACUCCGUGACAAGUACGAGGGGAGGGUGGCGACGCUUCGACAGGAGUUGGUGAUGAAGCGUCAGCUGGUCAUUCGGCAGGAGGGACAGUUGUUCCUGUACCUGUCUGUGAUCGAGAAGCUCAAGCUGGCAUUACGCGAUGCCAAGAUCGAACCCCCACGAGAUACCAAGGUCGAGCCUCCACAGGUUGCCAAGGUCGACCAGGAACCUCCAAGCUAG